GUAAUGAUGACGAGUGUUUCCUUCGCUCAUUGUUGAAGGUUUCUUCUUGCUCCGCACCUACCGUCAUUGGGUGACAGCACUCCAGCCUUUCAGGUACUCAGCGGUAGGAGGAGGCUUUAUAAGCGGAGCAGCCUUGUGUUUGCAGCUUAUGGAGUGCUGUUUGUGUAAACACUGAGCGCAGCGCACACGGUGUUUGGACAGCGCGUAAAGUGGACAGGAUCUGCUGCGGUUUUCUUUUCCUUCCCCUUUGGAUAAACUUACUUAUUAACGCAAAGCAAACCCCGGGAUUGCACGCAGGGACGCGAUGGCAACACCGACCAAGUUCAGUUUUUCCGUCAGGAGCAUCCUGGAUUUGCCUGAGCGGGAUGCGGAGGCUGCGCCGCGGUCCUCCCCGCUUUACUCCUCCUGCUCCUCCAGCUCUCCGUACAGCUCCUGGAUGGAGUGCGACCGGAGCCCCUGCAUAUCCUCUGAUGAAGGCAGUCUCGAGGCCUCCCCCGACUCGACCAAGCCGGAUGACUCGUCCCAGGACUCGGAGCCCGACAAGAGCAAGAAGAGCAAGAAGCGCCGGGUGCUGUUCUCCAAGGCCCAGACCCUGGAGCUGGAGCGGCGCUUCCGUCAGCAGCGCUACCUUUCCGGCCCGGAGAGAGAGCAGCUGGCCCGGCUCCUCAGCCUGACCCCGACCCAGGUGAAGAUCUGGUUCCAGAACCACCGCUACAAGAUGAAGCGAGGCCGGGCGGAGGGAGCGCUGCAGGACGUGGAGAUACCGCAGCCUCCGCUGCUGCGCCGGGUCGUCGUUCCCAUCCUGGUUCGGGACGGGAAGCCUUUUCACACCUGCUUACUUGACACGGAGAAACCUGGCUGUUUGCCUCCAUCACAGGCCUUUCCUUUAGCCUACCCGUCUCUGCAGCAUCCGUCCCACGUCGCGCUCCCUCCGAGGUACCACCAGCACUUUCCCACCGCGGCGGCCUCCAGAUUCGCGUGGAGAGACUUUUGGAGCGACUCGGUCCACUUUAACUCCUUCAAGUGA